AACAAAACAUAUCACACUUAUCAGGUAAUAUACAGGUAGAGUGGAGCCAGGGUUUAAUUUAAGCAGUUUGAGAUUCAAAAUGACCCCUUAUUGAUCCAAUGUUAAAAAAUCAGAUCAAAUUGUAUAUUUUUUUGUGCGAAAUUGUUGUCCGAAAUAUAUACCAACUUUAUAAUCUUAAGGAACUAACAUCAAUGGCACAAUUUUUUUAAAUUACUACAGAAAUUCCUAAAGGAAUGUGAAUUAAAAUAGGCUGUUCUUGUAUUUGUCUCCGUAUACACAAAUAUCUUAUCUCAAAUUUAGAAUUUUGUACUGUAACAUUGAAAAUAUUUGAAAAUAAUUAUAACUUCUUUUAAUGCCCGGUAUCCCCCUGUCAGUGAGGCAGAUAAUCCGUACUCUGGCCAAAAUAACCACAUAUCUUUAUAGGUUAAUCAAGACUUUCACAAAGGCUAAAACAUGUCAGUGUACACCGACGACAGAAUCUAGAGUUGUAUCAAAAAUAAAAGUAUUAACAGGUAACUGUGUGGACAGCAGUGGUACUAUUGUACCUGAUGGUGGGAGCUGGACAUCAUCUGCUGGUGUUUGUGAUAAAAAUAUCUGUUAUCACGCCCCAUUCGGUAUUUACACAAUACAAGAAAGAUGUCGACCAUUAGGACCAACCGAGAACCCAGAUAAUUUGAACUGUCAGACAGUGUCCGAGACGAUUCAACCAUUUCCAUCGUGCUGUCCAAAAUUAGAAUGUGAUGAGAGGAAUCCUUUGACAACUAUGUCACCUUCAGCAUGUAUUGACAUGGCGACACCGUUUUCUUGUGAAUUCUGGAAAAAUGAAACAUCAGGCUGCCAGAGUGGAAUAAAUGAAGUACUGUACAACUAUGCUAAAGAUUACUGUCAGAAGACAUGUGGAUUGUGUUGAAAAGGAAACUGAAUUUUUCGUAUCAAAGACAAGACAAAUGAAUUAAAUUAAUGUACAUUCUGCUCAACCAAAUGUAGAAUGUAAGCCCACUAGUGAUUAGUCUUCAUGACUGUGACAAUUCUUUUAGGCUUUGACCAGUUCCAUUAUCUGAAAUUGUUGUGAAUAAAUCUCUACAUGUAU